GCGACAGGUGAACUGGUGGCGGAAGCGCUGCCCACGCUCGCGCAGGGCGGCUCUAGCGCCUGAUGCGCGCAGGAGUGUGCGACGAUGGAUCCGGCAGUGCAGGUAGCGACCGACGACACCUUUUCUGCGUUUGAUGAGAAAACAUUGCCAUCCGCCAAUGGUGCUUGAAGUAGGCAUCAACACGGCGCCUCAUGACCCGCUUCAACGGAGCCCCUGCACUAAGUCGGAAGCCUGUGGAAGCAUGCGCACGCUCGGUUUUAUUCUCGCCUUCUCGCUGGUAAGCGGCAAUGAACUGAACGAUUGCCGUUGUGCUUGGCUUGGACUCGACCAGCAGCAGCACCUCGCCAUCUACCAGGGGCGCCCGCCAGAAAUGCCAUCAGAUGGCGCGUUAGUACCAGCGGCUUGGGCCUGCUUUCAGAACCGCAUUUACGAAGAAGGAUGGUCCUACCUGGAAGUGGAGACGAACCCCCAAGUAGAAGACGGCAUCCAGGCAUACGCUGCCGGAGCUCUCGAGGCAGAUUUGACUCGUCAACUUAUGGAGAAUCACUGGUUGAACAUGUUCGGCGGAUACUGCCGUGGCAACAGCCUUUAUUGCAGCCGUCUUCGCCGGUUUUUCGACGCCUACCUCGGGUUCUCCCACAAUAUGCAAGACUUACAUCGGGAGACAGACUCCUACUGGCGCAUGGUCGAUUUACAGAUGACGCAGCUUGCCGGACUCCACGACGCUUUCGAAACCCAAGAGCUGAACUACAAGAACCGCUUAACAAGAACAUCCAGAGUUUUGUUCCUCUCAGCGAUUGGCGAUUUAUUGGAGUUGGAGGUGAAGUUCGGCCGGUUGAAAGACCCGCAUUCUCUGAUGGCUCUGACCUGCUCAGCACUUAUCAAGAUUGCGCCUGGAAACAAGGACAUCUACUUCGCCCAUACCAGUUGGUUCACUUACAGAAGUAUGCUAAGAAUGCAGAAGAAGUACAAGCUGCCCUGGCACACAGCCGCACAAAGCAACACGACAGGUCACAUUGUGCCCGGCCACACCAUAACCAUGUCAUCUUAUCCUGGCUGUCUCAACUCGUUUGAUGACUUCCAUUUAACGUCCGCAGGCUUGGCCGUGAUGGAGACAUCAUUGAAGAAUACCAACCACCAGUUGCUACGCUACGUACGUCCCGGCAGCGGUCCGCUGACUUGGGUCCGGAACAUGGUCGCCAGCAGACUCGCUACUAGCGGCUCGCAAUGGGCUGCCAUCUUCUGCAGGUUGAACAGCGGAACGUACAACAACCAGUGGAUGGUUCUGGACUACAAGCUGUUCAUGCCAGGGGAAAGCCUGCAACCCGGAACGCUAUGGCUAGUGGAGCAACUGCCGGGUAUUACGGAAAGUGCGGACAUCACCACAGUUUUGCAGAAACAGGGCUACUGGGCCAGCUACAAUGAAGCGUACUUGCCAGCUAUUGCACUUGAGACACGUCCACCGGGAUGGGAACGAGGCAGGAAUCACUAUGCCCUCGCGCCUCGAGCUCACACCGUUUGUGUGAUGCAAGAGCAUGCGACGGACAUGGAUGCCAUGAAGGCAUUUAUGAGGUUCACAGUGCAAAGUGGUGUGUGCCCACUUCCCUGCAACUACAGCCAACCGAUACGCGAUGAGCUCGCUUCUAUGUGCCCGCGCUUCGACUUGCUGCCGCGCGGUCCGUCAGGAGGGACGGACACGAAGAUUACCAACAGUGGCUUGUUCCAGUCCUUGGAGUUCGAGGCCGCGAGCGGACCGACCGCGCAGGGCGUGCCGCCGUUCAGCUGGCAACGCAGCCCGUUUCGCGCAGUGGCUGCGCACUAUGGCCAGCCGGACACUUGGCGCUUCGGAUUCGUGCGGUACCAGUGGGGUCACUGCUCGAUCCCCAAUGAUUGAUAUUUAUAAGGCCAGCCUUACCGCGUCUACACAGCGCAGAUAUGGAGAAAUCGCCUCUUUCGCUGGCGAAUAUUUUCAGCACCGCCAAUGGUAUGGCGCCCUCUCGGUACGCUGGCCAACGAAUGACCCCGUGCAGAAGUUCAGAAGCAGUUACGGUGCCCAACAUUUCAAGCGGCGGCACCAAAUGGCGCCUUCCCGCUCGUCCCGCGACUUAAUUAGAACGCUUACACAAUUUUAGCAGGCACACUAGCAUUGUUGUCGAUUGUGAUUCUGUCGAAAAGCAUCAGAAACGUUGUUUGAAUUCAUACUUUCUAUUCAAAGAAAAAUCAGAGAAAGAUCCAUAUUUCUAAACUUAAUCACUUUCUUCAAAGCUUAAUAAAAUCAAAUUACGGCCGAGGAAAACUGACCGCAUGCAGGACAUCCGGAUUUCGAAAAUGCGGAGAACAUCGUCUGCGUUGUGAUCUCGGCAUGUCGGACUGACAUGGUACCACAUAAAGUGCCUGGCUGGGUACCACAUAAAGUGCCAAGCAAGUUUUCAACCUUACAAAAAGAUUGCGUCGUUCUAUAAUACGUCGUCGACCCCAAGCACUGCAAAACAGUAACGAACGGAAAAAUUGAGAAAAAUUAACUUUCUUUUUGCAGUCACGCAACUUUUUUUUUCCGCAAUAUGGAAAAAUUCAAAAGGACAGGCUGAUGGGCUAGUCUAUAUGACAUUAUUUACACAGUAGCGCAGGGGCACAUGGCGCUGUGUGCCGUCUUUUUCUUUCGUCUUCCAUGUGCUUCUGCGCUACUUGAUAAAUAAUGAGAAAUUUUCAACAAUUUGGAAACGUUCCUAGUACCUCUUUAUGUGUAACCCGAACAAGCCCUUGCGUGUUCAGUUAUAGAGGAAAUCGUAGGAGAAAUUUGAAUGACCGAAAUAAAACUGCAAAGAUAUUUCA